GUGCAGCCAGAGAAGACCUGAACUCAUCUGGGAGGAUCAGAAACGCGUUUGCACGGACUCGCCGGCCACGUGUGGGGACACAAACCCUCUGACUGGAACCAAGCACGGGAAAACUAAACAAAUAGACCGUUUUUUCGUGUUGCUUUCCACUGAAACUGCAACGAAGCGGCAACACAGCUGUGCUUAGGUGCGUAAACAGAAGUUUGGAUUCCUCCGAGGGACAGAGAGAGAGAGAGAGAGAGAGAAAAAAAAGAAAAAAGCGCAGGUCUGGACCGAAACGACGUGGGAUUUGUUUUGUUGUAACCUCUGAGAAAAAGGUGACUUUUUUCCCUCUGCGUAUAUCUGGAGGGACGGAGUGGAGUUUGAGCGCAGGAGAGGAGCGGGGAUCAGACCUGGAGCUGUGGAGGUUGGGACGAAUCCCCAUGGGAGCCAGAGUCAGGUUGGACAUGAACGGAGAAGUGCAGUGAUCUCUCAAAGCGUGCAACUGUCCCCCAGUGAGGCGUGUCACAUCUGAAGUCCUGCUUUGAGCUGCAGGUUGGAUCCAGAAGGAUGUGUUUCUAGACCUGAGCUGCUGAGGUUGAGAGGUGCCAUACCUCUGUCAAACACCGCAGGAAACAAAUGCUUUACUGCCAUGCCUCCAGGGCCGGUGUGUCAUCCCUCAGUGUUAAUGGUCCACACACUGCUGCCUCUGCUCCUCGUAGCCGUCGGCGGGCCCUUCUCUCCAUCACCCAGCGGUGUUGACGGCGCGGCCAACACACCUCCCCCCGAUGUGUAUCCAACCUUCAAACGGAACAACACACUGUUCGAGCACCUGGCCCUGCAUCCCGACCCCGGGGUGGGCUGGAUCUACGUCGGAGCGCGAGAUCACCUGUUCCAGCUGGACCCGUCCCUCAAACCUGAAGUCCAGGAUGACACCGGACCCGUCCGAGACAGCCGGGAGUGCCUGCCCCCCGUGACGUUGAGCAACUGCCCUCAGGCCAGGGAGACCAGCAACCACAACAAGCUGUUGCUGGUGGACCCGUACUCCAGGGAGCUCAUCACCUGCGGGAGCGUUAACCAAGGCAUCUGCCAGAAGCGCAGCCUGGAUUCAGUCAAUCAGGUGCUGUUUUCCACAGAGAGACCCGUGGAUACCCAGUAUGUGGCAGCUAACCACCCCAACGUCAGCACCGUUGGGCUCGUGGUCCGCCCGCACCCCGACCGGCAGCCGGUGCUGUUUGUGGGACGGGGUUACACCAGCAGCCAUCCACCCAUUUCCACACGAAACCUGGCUCAGGAGCCGAUCUUCUCCUACGAGGAGACGGCCAAGCUGGCCGUGGCCGGCCGCCUCUCGGAGUACGACCAUCAUUUCGUGACCUCCUUCGCCCACCGGCAGCACGUGUACUUCCUGUUCUACCGGCGGGACCUGAAGUCUCAGUCUCGGGAGUACCGUACCUACAUCUCGCGGGUAUGCUUGGACGACCAGGCCUACUACUCUUACGUGGAAGUGCCCUUGAAAUGCCGCUCCAGGACGGGCAAGUCCUACAACCUGCUGCAGGCCGUGCAGCUGGGGCUGUUCGGGGACGGCGUGGAGGACCAGGGCUCCGAGGUUCUGCUCGGGGUCUUCUCCACUCACCUGGCCUCGUCAACUCGGCCCAGCGAAGACUCGGCCCUCUGCAUGUUUGACCUGGAGGACGUGGACCGCCGGAUCAACGCCACCAGAGACCUGUGCUACACACACAUGGGCAGGGAGGCGGGGAUGGAGGCGGCCUACAUCGAGUAUGAAGUCAAAUCCAACUGUGCCAACCUGCCAGAGAACACCCUGGAGGCGUACCCCUGCGGCUCGGACCACACCCCCAGCCCCAUGGCCAGCCGCCUGGCCGUGGAGGUGGAGGCCAUCCUGGACAGCCCGGCGGCCCGCCUCACCGCCGUGGCCGUCAGCGUGAAGGCCGGACACACCAUCGCCUUCCUGGGAGACUCCAGAGGAAACCUGCACAAGGUGUUCCUGGGGCCCAGCGGGGAGGUGGAGGAGUACGCCGUCAUCCCCGUGCAGAAGAACGCAGCCAUCAGCUCAGACCUGAUCCUGGACCAGACGGAGGAGCAUCUCUUCAUCAUGACCCACAACAUGCUGCAGAAGCGGCCGGUGGCCGAAUGCCAGCAGCACUCAGACUGCCACUCCUGUCUGCUGGCCCACGACCCGUACUGCGGCUGGUGCGUCCUGGAGGGAAGGUGCGUGGUGAAGUCUCUGUGCGGCCGUGGGGAGCAGCCGGGUCAGUGGCUGUGGAGCUUCGACAUGGAGCAGCAGUGUCUGCUGGUCCAGGACGUGAGCCCCUCCAACAUCAGCAGGGAGGAGAGCCGCAUGGUGACCCUGACCAUCCCGGGACUUCCCGUGCUGGAGAAAGGAGAGUCGUACUUCUGCUUCUUCCAGGACAGCCCCAGCCCCGCCAACGUGACUGAGAGCGGGGUCAGCUGCUACUCCCCGGAGCCCAGCCGGACGCCCACGGUGCCGCUGCGACAGGAGUUCGUCACCGUGGCCUUGUCGCUGCGCUUCGGGGACGUCACCGUCACGGCCAGGGAGUUCACCUUCUACGACUGUGUGGCGGUGAAGCAGCUGUCCGGCAGCCGGCCAUGUCGUGGGUGUGUUUUGAGCAAAUGGGGCUGUAACUGGUGUGUUCACCAGCACUUGUGCACCCACAAGCCCGUCUGUGCACAAGGAGUGAUGAUCUACAACCAACAUUUUAAACUCCCCACCUCAUCUCCUCCCACCACUACAAUUAAACCAGCCGCCACCACCACCAUGGCUUCACAAACAUCCACCGUUAAAGCCGUCACCACCACGACCAGCACGACGGCUGCAGUCCCUGCCACCACGGCAGCGCUUCAGGAGACGACCAGCUCUCCCACGCACGUUCCUCCCACCACCCAUCAGGCGGCGUGGCGCAGCACCCAGCCUGCUCCGUGGACCGCUGCACCGCCGCUCACCACGGCAGCAGCAGCUCUCCCCACGCUCCCGUCGGAGCUGGAGGAGGAGGUCAGCGCCGCCGCCACCCAGAGCAGCUCUGAGGCCGUCACCCCCACCCUGGAGGUGGAUCUGACCCCCGUCACUGCAGCUGACGGUCUCAGCGGAGACCCGGAGCCCGUCAUGCCUCUCAUGAUCUCAGAAACCUCCGAGGAGGAGGGAGUGGACUCCAGCCCCGGCAGCACCGACGCCACCCUGAGCCUGGCCGAGCCUCCCACCCUGUCCUCGCUCGGCCUCCCGCCGCCCACGCUGGCCCACCCUGAACCCUCCCCUGACCCGGAGCUGGAGCUGACCGGGACCCCCACGCCGACCCCCCCCCAGGACUCCCACACCGAGGCCGAGGACCCCGCUGUCGCCGUGGACCCCGACCUGCUCCGCUGGACUAAAGAAGAGGACGGCCUCACGGACGGGAACGACACCCUGGCGUUCUCAGCGCCCCCGGUGCUGUCGGGGGACGGGGAGGAGGAGCGCGGCCUGCACUCCUACCCCGCCCUGGGGGACAGCGACUCGGAGCUGGAGCCGGACUACCAGUACGAUCAGGCCGAGAGCUUCCUCCCGGGGGAUGAGGGUUCCUACAUGAGCUGGGGGUCCUCAGCUUGUCCCUGCGUGGAGAAGGUCCAGGGUCUGUCCCUGCUGCCCGUCCAGGUGGAGAGGAAGAUCACGCUACUGGCCUACAACCUGCACCUGUACCAGGACGCAGACCUGGACUACGAGUGUGUGCUGAUCAUCGAGGGCCAGACGGUGGUGGUGGACGCCUACGUGGAGGUGGACGACGACAGUCCCACCGACUUCGACAUCACCUGCCAGCUCCACCAGUACUCGUACUCUGCUCCGGUGCACGAGUACAAGGCCAUGGUGUACGUGAAGAGGAGGGACACGUUCCACGUGGACAGCUCUCCGGACUUGUUUGUGACCCUGUACAACUGCUCGGUGGGCCGGUCCGACUGCAGCCGCUGCCACACGGCCGACCAGAAGUACGGCUGCGUGUGGUGCGGGGCCCCGCGGGGCAGCUGCGUGUACGCCGACUCCUGCGGCCAGCCCGUCCAGCAGACGUGUCCCGCCCCCGUCAUCCACGCCAUCGAGCCUCUCUCCGGGAUCCUGGAAGGAGGCACCAUGCUGACCAUCUCGGGCUCCAACCUGGGCCAGAAGUCUGCAGACAUCCUGCACUCGGUGACGGUGGCCGGCGUGCCGUGCAGCGUCCUCCCCGAGCUGUACGAGGUCUCCUCCAGGAUCGUGUGCAGGACCAGAGCCAGUCGGGGGGAGAAGGUGGGACACGUGUCCGUGGAGGUGAGCGGGGGAGAGUUCGGCCGCUCCAACCAGAGCUUCAGCUACCAGGACCCGUUUGUGAUGGAGGUGUGGCCUGAACGGGGGCCGAAGGCAGGCGGGACGUCCCUGACCGUCACGGGCCGGCACCUGAUGACGGGCCGGCCCUCCGACCUCAGCAUCACCGUGGGAGGGGUGCCCUGUAAGAUAGCGUCGGAGGUCCGCAGCUCCAGCGUGGUGUGCGUGACGGGGAGCAGCAACGUGACGGGAGACCACCGGCUCACGCUCCACUACGGCAACAACCAGCGCCACCUGCACACGCCGUCCUACCGCUACACCCCCAACCCCAACGUCACCGCCGCCGCGCCGCCCCGGAGCUUCCUGAGUGGCGGCCGGCUGAUCUACGUGUCCGGACACAACCUGGACGUGGUGCAGGAGCCGCAGAUGGUGGUGACCUCACGCAAGGCCGUCGGCCAGGGGACCAGGAGGAGGAGGAAGAGGAGGAACCUGGAGAACCGGGAGGACCAGGACAAAACCCCCUUGCAGUUCACGGAGCGCUGCGAAGUGAACUCUUCCUCUCUGAUCCUGUGCCGAUCCCCGAAGGUCAACGCAGUUGUCCUGGAUAAGGAGUCAAAGGUGACGGUGGAGUUUCUGCUGGAUAACCUGCGCUUUGACUUCAGUAGCUUGAGCUCCCAGGCCUUCAGCUACGACCCCGACCCGACCCUGCAGCCGCUGAACCAGCAGGACCACCAGAAGGUUUACCGCUACAACCCCGGCAGCUUCAUCCAGCUGGAGGGGGACAACCUGGACCUGGCCAUCACUAAAGAUGAGGUGGUGGUUCUCAUCGGGGGGGCCGUGUGUGCCGUCAAGACCCUGACCAGGAACCACCUGUACUGCGAGCCGCCGCCCCAGCAGCCGCUGCCGGGGGCCCACUGCAAGAAAUGUGAGGGCUCCGACCAGCUGCCCGAGUUCACCGUCCAAAUGGGCAACCUGAACUUCUCCCUGGGGAAGGUUCAGUACGACAACCUGAGCUUGUCCACUUUUCCACUGGACGCCCAGAUUGGAGUGGGCGUGGGAGCGUCCAUCGUGGCCUUCAUCGUCCUCAUCAUCGUGCUGAUCUACAGGAGGAAGAGCAAGCAGGCUCUCCGGGACUACAAGAAGGUCCAGAUCCAGCUGGAGAACCUGGAGACCAGCGUCCGGGACCGCUGCAAGAAGGAGUUCACAGACCUGAUGACGGAGAUGAUGGACAUGUCCAGCGACCUGGUGGGCUCGGGCAUCCCCUUCCUGGACUACCGGGCCUACGCCGAGCGCAUCUUCUUCCCCGGCCACCGGGAGUCCCCGCUGAGGCGAGACCUGGACGUGCAGGAGUCCCGGCGGCAGACGGUGGAGCAGGGUCUGGUGCAGCUGUCCAACCUGCUCAACAGCAAACUCUUCCUCACCAAGUUCAUCCACACCCUGGAGAGCCAGAGGACCUUCUCCCCCAGAGACCGGGCCUACGUGGCCUCGCUGCUCACGGUGGCGCUCCACGGAAAGCUGGAGUACUUCACCGACAUCCUCAAGACUCUCCUCAACGAUCUGGUGGAGCAGUACGUGGCCAAGAACCCCAAGCUGAUGCUGCGAAGAACCGAGACGGUGGUGGAGAAGCUCCUGACCAACUGGAUGUCCAUCUGUCUCUACACAUUCCUGCGGGACUCAGCAGGGGAGUCUCUGUACAUGUUGUUCCGAGCUAUAAAGCACCAGGUGGAUAAAGGACCAGUGGACGCCGUCACAGGAAAGGCCAAGCACACCCUGAACGAUAACCGGCUGCUGCGCGAGGACGUGGAGUACAAAACCCUGACGCUGAACGUGCUGGUGCAGGGCGGGGGGGUGAACGACUCCCAGCCGCUGCCCUCCAAAGUGCUGGACUGUGACACCAUCACGCAGGUGAAGGAGAAGCUGCUGGACCAGGUGUACAAGAGCGCCUCCUUCUCCCACCGGCCGCACGCAGACUCCCUGGACCUGGAGUGGAGGUCUGGCGUUGCCGGCCAUCUCAUCCUGUCAGACGAGGACCUGACCUCGGUGGUGCAGGGCAGCUGGAAACGCCUCAACACGCUGCAGCACUACAAGGUUCCGGACGGAGCAACGGUGGCGCUGGUGCCGCGCCACAGCAAAAACAUUCACCACGACAACCACGACUACAUCGCCGGAGAGAAGACGCCCAUGCUGGAGGAUAAUGAUGAGGGGGGGGUGAAGCUGUGGCACCUGGUGAAGGCCAGCGAGGAGCCGGAGCUGCCCAAACACCGGAGAGGCAGCCUGAGGGACCGGGAGAGGGCCAAGGCCAUCCCCGAGAUCUACCUGACCCGCCUGCUGUCCAUGAAGGGAACGCUGCAGAAGUUCGUAGACGAUCUGUUCACCGUCAUCGUCAGCACCAGCCGCCCCGUCCCGCUGGCCGUCAAGUACUUCUUUGACCUGCUGGAUGAUCAGGCGGGGCAGCACAGCAUCACCGACCCGGAGACCAUCCACAUCUGGAAGACCAACAGCCUCCCUCUGCGUUUCUGGAUCAACAUCAUCAAGAACCCUCAGUUCAUCUUUGACGUGCAGGCGUCGGAUCACGUGGACGCCGUGCUCUCCGUCAUCGCGCAGACCUUCAUGGACUCGUGCACCAUCGCCGAGCACAAGCUGGGCCGGGACUCUCCCAUCAACAAGCUGCUGUACGCCCGAGACAUCCCCCGCUACAAGCAGAUGGUGGAAAGGUACUACGCUGACAUCAGGCAGACCAUCUCGGCCAGCGACCAGGAGAUGAACUCUGCUCUGGCUGAACUGUCCAGGAACUACUCUGGAGAACUGAACUUCCUGGUGGCGCUGCACGAGCUCUACAAGUAUAUCAACAAGUACUACGAUCAGAUCAUCACGGCGUUAGAGGAGGACCCCACGGCUCAGAAGAUGCAGCUAGGCUACCGGCUGCAGCAGAUCGCCGCCGCGGUGGAGAAUAAAGUGACGGACUUGUGACGGAGACAUCGUUACUCCGUGUUACUGCCAGGACGUUCGGAAGCCAACCGCCUGAAGACUGCAGCGGGCAUUAAGGGGACCUUUUCUGUUUUGGCCGGUUGCUAAGGAGGCCGACGGUCGUUUGUAGGAGUAGAAAGGCACAAAGACACUGAAUAACCCCGUUCAGACGGAGCACGGUUGCGUAAAAAAGACCCCCGUCAAGCGGGAAGUCGUCGCCACCGCUUUCCCUCCGGAGUCGGUGGUAAAGAAGCGGUACAUCUCCCACCUCGGCUGUUUGCUGCUGCUGAAAGAUGAAACCAGUGAUUUCUUGUGUGUUUACACAUUCAUUCUCCUGUCUGUUGUCACGGUAACGUCGUCGUCAUUUUCGUCGCUCGCGUUUGAGAAGAAAGCCUCGGUCGUGACUCGCAUGUCGUUGAAAAUAUGAGUUGAGUAAGUUACCGCCGCUCUACCUCAGCCCACGGCGCCGCGUCCGCUGCGUUACCACGCUGUUGUUGCCGAAAACACGACAACUUUAGCAGGUGACAUCUCCCAACACACACACACACACACACACACACACACACACACACACACACACACACACACACACACACACACACACACACACACACACACACUUGUUCUUGACUGCAAGUCCUCCUGUUUAUUUCAAGGUACUUAAACCCCAGCUGUCUAUAUUUAUUGUUUUUAGUAAACCGAUGUGGUUUUAUUAUGUCUGUGCAGUCUGAGGAAGUGCUUCCUUGUUUUUUUUAUGAUGCUCCUUCGGCUCUGACUGCUGUUCCUGAAACGGCGGCUCACCCGAGCGACUCCAAGCCGAGGCCGUGCUGCAGAGUUUGCUGGUGCAAACUUUAAAAAGUGCAAUCUCAUCGCGAUCAAGAGAAGCGUGAGCUCGUGUGCGUUGAUGGUUUUCUGACUCGCACAGGUUGUUGCCUGGAGAUCUGACAGUUUGUCGGUCUCGGGUCAAAUCGGUUCUCCCCCCCCCCCCAGGACGGCCCGCUAAAUCACGCCCGCGGUCGGGCGUCGCAGGGGGAACUGACCGGGCCCAGACGGGUGCAGAGGGAAAGCCAAAUCAAUCGAGAAGUCAACCUAAACACAACUCCACACACCCAUACUUCAAAAAGGUUUAAUCUUUCACAAAGCCCCAAUAAAGGAAAUCUUUUAAAAAUGCCAGCUGUGUAUUUAAAUAAUGUUAACAGACACAGGAAGUGAUAAAAGAUUCAUUGCAGACCUGAAACAACGUUGAUAAAGGUUCACUUUGGGAGACUGCCUGAACUCGUAGAGGGCUACAAACGCGUGUCCGUUUGAGCCCCGGCUGGUCAGAAUGUAGAGCGUAGGUUUGUCCUGACGUUACUAAACACAGCGACUAACGACUCACGUGAACUUGUGGUUUGUUGUCGUUGGCUGCUCAUGAAAGCUCCGCGCUGACCCACGCAAACCGCCUGAGGGAAAACUGUUGUUAGGCUGUAUAAAUUUGUCGAUGUAGAGCAGGCUCUGCAAGGAGCAGUUUUAAGGAUGUUUCUGAUUUCUUGUUUAUUAUUGUACAUACUGAUUUUAAAUGUAACUGUAGUGAUUUAACCUGUUUAUUAAGCGAAAGCGCCAAAUUUUCACAGAUGUAAUAAAGUAUUCUAAAAUGA